AUGCGUUACUACUCGACUCUUGUAUGCCUCGUGGCAGUUUCCCUAUGCUUCACACCCCAUCAAAGAAACGACGAAACCCCCCUGGGCCAAGGAAAGCAACUUAUCGACACCGACGACGUUCGCAUGAAUCAAGUUCGAGGCAAUCGAGAUCGCCUCAUCGAGGAUGUCAGGGUUUGUGGGCAAUUCCUCAAUGGUCUCAAUGUGCUUUCCGGAGAAUUCAGCAACGACACUGCUUCAUUAGACUUUGUCAAAGCUUGUGAAAGAGUCGUUGCUAUACUAGACCAAGCUGUCGAUAGAUCAAUGCAUCGCCACGUACAAUCCCGCGAGCAGCGAAACCUCCCGGCUUUAAUUAGAAAGAAUCGACCAGAUCUGGAAGAAAUUGAACUACAAAAAACAUUUUCAACUGAGUUUAGCGAAGAGAUUUUGGCUCGUGAUGCGAUUUCUUCCUUUCCCGAUACAGCCAGACAUCGGUUAAAACACAAGUACCGCAGGGAUGAGAUCUGUGAGGACAGAGUCUGUGAGGCUAAUCGUCUUAACGAGCUUUGCAACGCCGAGAAGAUCGAUCCAAGCGUAGCCCAGACUUGCAAGAUGUGCUACCCUGUGAGGAACGCUCAACUUAUCAACGCACAUUGCCAAGCGAAAUGGAGGCGAGAGCGAAAAGCUUUUUAUGUUGUCUCCUUUGUCCUCAUUGGCGUUACCUUGGUCAGCGGACUCAUACUUUAUCUACGACGACGAUACCUUCGCGCCAAGAAUCCUCGCACGGACGAAUUGGCUGAAUCAGGCAUCAAUCCCCCAGGAGAACUCUACUAUUACGACGGACCGAGAUCAAUCUUGCCUUCGGAAAGAGGUAGUUCACUAACAGUCAACUGCUCUCCGGAAGCCUCCCGGCGCGAAAAUUCGAACAAGUAUCACAAUUCGUGGGACGAGAACGAAGGCGAUGUCAUCAGAACGUCCUUUGCUCAGCGGAGACUUCGACAACUUGGCAUUCUCUCAAGAACAGGGCGCAAGAGAAUUCACGAUUUAUUUGAUCUGGAAGCUUUGCAGUCAAGGCGUGGUACUGUAAAGGGUCCUCAGCAACACUCUGAUGACAGUGUUCGAGUGCCGGUGAUGCCAUGGGCACCAAACGCGACUAUUCGAUCCUCUAGUCGAUCGUCCUCGUGUGUACGACCGGCAGAUUCCACAAGUCCAGAAACAGUCAGGUUGCGGGGAAGUAGCCUGAAUAUCAAUAAGGACCUUUGCUGA